UGUGAAUUCAUCUUGACUUCAAUUCUGGAACAACUUCAACGUGAUCCGUGGCCAGUUGCUAAUGAUAAAAGACCACAGAGGUGCACCGGUGUCGCUAUGAGUGUUGGAAUUGGUUUGAUGGAGACUACUUUUCCUGGUACAGGUGCUCGUAUUAUGCUUUUCUGUGGUGGUCCUGCUACAGAAGGUCCUGGUAUGGUUGUUGGAAAUGAAUUGAAAGAACCCAUUAGAUCACAUCAUGAUAUCGAAAAAGACAACGUCAAAUACUACAAAAAAUCUACUAAAUUUUAUGAAGCUUUAGCUAAGCGAGCUUCAACGAAUGGACAUAUCGUAGAUAUCUUUGCUGGGUGUCUAGAUCAAGUUGGAUUGCUUGAAAUGAAAUCAAUGGUUAAUUCAACUGGAGGAUUUAUGAUUCUCUCCGACUCUUUUACCACAUCUAUUUUCAAACAAAGCUUCCAGAGGGUGUUUGAUAAAGAUGCUCAAGGAAAUCUGCAAAUGGGAUUCAAUGCGACUCUUGAUGUGCAG